CAGCACUAUCUCGACCAACCGACUCCUGACUCCCAAACGGCCAACAAUGAGGCCCUACACCGACAAUUUCAAGGAGAGAGGCCAUUUAAUUUCGAGUCUAGGAGGUCAUACCAAGCCAUACCAGCCUACGAAAACGGUUGCAGCCUGGGUGCAUUCGAUCUGCCCGGCUCUAGGUUGGGAGUUGGCCAAGCCUACUUCGUCAGCCUGACAGAAGAGAACGGCCUCUCAGAGACGAUGAACACGGGGACAACAGGUGGUCCAGCAGCGCCAUAUCCACUCUCCUUCACUCCCUCUUUCGGGGUUUCCCUCGGUUACAAUCACACAAAUAGGCUUAUAUUUGACCGUGAAGAGGCAUCACCGACGACUGGUGAGGUGGCAGAACAUCGUCAACAACAUCAUAUGCUGCAAUUCGAUCAUCCAUUGUUCCGACCUACCUCUGGGUCUCCUCCGUCCACUCCGUCAUCACUAGCUCUGCCGCCUGUACCUCGGGGACUGCAAGCUUCGGUAUCGUCGACAGCCUCGGCGAGCUUUGAUUUACAACUGCCGACGCAAUUCAUCUGUUCCUCGUAUCCACACCAGCAACCACAACAACAACAGCCACAACAACAACAAAUGGUUCAGCCUCAACUGCCUACUGCCUACUGCAGUUUGUCCGGUCUAGCACCGAUCUCCCGACAGGACAGUCUAUGCGCAGAAUGCAAGAACCAACUUGCCAGCACUGGUCGCCUUGAGCCGGGCAAUGGACUAGCCUGCACAUGUGGCUACAAUGGAGAAAUGGCGUCUCAAUCCCUGCUCAAUGCCGCUGAAUGGAUGCGCGUCUACAACUGUCUAAGCUUGCUCGUUCACGAACUCUACUUCUUGAGUUCAGUUUAG